GCGGGCGGUUCAGCCGGAGCUCACCUCCACACGGCAGCUCCAGAGAGAGGAGAAACGCCACUCUUCUCUGCCCAACCUCAGGAGCGAAGCUAGAUCUGGCAGUGAGUCUCAGACUUUGGAAACUGAAAAGUGUGUUUGAAAGACCUACCCAGCACUCCAAUGGCCAGCAACAAUACUGCCAGCAUAGCUCAAGCCAGGAAACUGGUAGAACAGCUGAAGAUGGAAGCUAACAUUGACAGGAUAAAGGUAUCCAAGGCAGCUGCUGACUUGAUGGCCUACUGUGAAGCGCAUGCCAAGGAAGACCCCCUUCUGACCCCUGUGCCGGCUUCAGAGAACCCAUUUAGGGAGAAGAAGUUUUUCUGUGCCAUCCUUUAAGUCUUCAAGAGGAACCUGCAGAGCCUUGGGGCUCCUGGGACACUGAUGUAGAGUUUUUAGCAAAGUGGGCGCCUUUCUAGUCCACAGCAUUUAAAGAAAGAGAGGAGAACCAUCCUGGAAACUGCAGGCUAUGCAUGUUUAAAGAUCUGGUCCCCUUUAUGAGAAUGACAGCCGAUCCACAUCCUGCAUUAAGAGGUCUGAUACCUGCACAACUGCCUGAAGAAGGGGAAUAUAAUGAUAUUAGGUGUCAUUUCUUUUCUGCUACCCCUCCCAAACUUUUCGUUUCUGCUUCAUUCUUAAAAAAUAAAAAUCAAAACAGACAGCUGUCCUGAUCUAAGAUACAUAUGACUUUUCUUGGAAUGGAAAUUGCCUUUAGAAUACUCUGAUAGGCUGAGUUGUCGAGCGUAGCUGAGGUUUGGCUGGAUGGUGUUGAUGUUGCGUCUUUGUGCCUUUCUUUUUCUUUUUUCUCUCUUCCUUACUCCCUUCAAUGCCUCCCCCCUUCCUCCCAGUUAAAGUAGUACAGAGAUUAGACUGGACUAGUCUGUAAGACCAGACUCCAAGGAUGUGUGUCCAAAAUGUUUAGGGAGAUGUUCCCAUGGCUUAUCCUCAUGGCAACAACAGCAGUUCCGGUUAUCUGUGUUCUCUUAUCAUUACUCCUAACAUUUGUACAUGAUAGCUUUGAUCCUGCAAGUAAAAGUAAAUCAUGUGUUGUGACUGGUGCUUUCAUAUAUUUGUGACAAUUUUGGGAUAAUACUGCAUGAAAAUGUCCCUAUGUUACAUCCAUUCAGAAGUUUUGUUGUUUUACUAUAAAAUCGGGAAAUGGAGUGAGAGAGAAAAGAUGCUGGGGGGAAAAAAACCUUCAGUGUUUCUGAAAAUUGAGAUUACUUCAGAGCCUUAGCCAUGCCUAAAAUACCUCCUAGUUAAAACUGGCAUAAACGCCUCCUCAACAUACUUUCCAGUAUUCAAACAAAGCAUUUUGGUUUGAUCCAAGACCCAGGGCAAUACAGGUUCUGCCAAACGAGAGGUUAGGGUUCACCAUGAGUUGGGAGUGCUUUUGUAUACAGGUAGAGCACAUUCCCUCUGUCCCUGAAUUGUGGAAAUUCUAGACUGAAAGAAUGCUUUCCGCGCUCUUCUUAACAAGAAAAACGUGACCCCGGGUUGUUCCAGUAACAGAACUAAAUCCAUGGCUCCAGAGAAAACCCAUUCCCAGAGUCCCAGCAGCUGGCUGUCAGGGAGAAGGAGGCAGAUGCCAAGCCCCAGUCACCUUCACCAGAGAAGGUUCAGACUCUUUUUUCCACAGACAGUCUUCAUUUUUCACCCAAUGCAUUUUUCAAUGUAGUUUUUCUGUUGUUGUUUUCUGCAUCUUACUUUUUCCUCUUUAGUCUUUCUUUACCAUUUCUGUGUAGCUAGAUCUCUUGUUUGCCGAGAGAUGAUAUUGAGAGUGGUUUUUCAGUAUAGCUCUUGCCUCUACCAGUAACAGGAGACCCUGCCUUUUUUACUUUCCUCUAUGUCAUUCCCAGGUUAGAGAGGGCUGUCCUUCACAUCUUGUUUGCUUUCAGAUUUCAAAGCCCACUUCCAAAUUUUAUUGUCUUCUAUUAUUUUCCUCCCAUUAUUUUUAUUUAUUAUUAUUAUUUUUGUUUUUGGAAAGGGAGAAAAGAUUGACUGUGCCAAGAACAGAUUUUGCAACAGGCUCAGUAAAUACUUUCCUGAGCUCUUUGUAGACAUGGUGGUAAAAAAAAAAAAAAUACAUCCAAUUAAAGCUCAUGCUUGGAGUUACAGGAAGAGAAUCCUGACAUAUUUUGAGAUGGAUGAGUGUACUUUUAUAACCAGAUGUUUCUGUUCUUCUGUUCAAACCUUGGAAAUGUGUUAUAGUCAGUGGGACACUGAUGAAAAUUUAGAAGGUAAAAGACCCAGACAGAGUAUUUCUUAAGCUACAGGAUUGUACCAUUGUAUUAGUGAUACUGUAGAGUCAGCUAUAAUCCUGUCAUAUUUCUAAAAUGAGCCAAAAUAUGAUUUGAAUGUGUGGUCACAUAAAAACAACUAUGAAUGAACGCAUUCUUUGGUAGUGAUUAAGGCAUCGUUAUGAUACCCUGGUGAUUUUCACAAUUCACACCAUUUAGUCUUCUCAGAGGACUCUAUACUUUCGUGUAAAUUUAGAUCUUUAAGAUUUGGCAGGAUGGUGGCAUUAAAACUUUAAGGAGCUCCAAAAUGCAGCUGUGGUAAUGAAAAGUAAGGAAAUUCCAAAUUGUCUGUGACCUUGUUUACAAAAGGAGAGAGAAAGCAGAAACCAUACAGCCUAUCUGAAAUAAAGAAAAUCUUAUGGCUUUUUCUUAAUUUUGUGUCCCACAGUAUAGAUUUAUAAUACUGGAGUCUUUAUAUGAGUUUUGACUUGUUGGUAUUUUUACUUGUGAAAGGGAAAAUUACUUUUUGAUUCCUUAUACCUCUAAAGAGCUUUAACUCCUUAAAAAUCUCAACAAUCCAUUUUCACCAGCAUGAUUUUAUCUUAAGAAUAAUUAAUAGGAAAUUUAACUAUUCCAGGCCCCAACCUCUGUAUGAAAUGUAUUGGAUAAUAAUGAAAAUAGGCCGUGGAAUUACUUAAACGGUAACAUCCUUAAGAUGCAAACUCUAGAAAGGAAAAAAAAAGUUUUGCAAAAUCCUAUUAACUCUGGUUUCAAUAUUUUCCUCCAGUUUUAAGCCAAGUACUAUGUAAUAUAAAUCAAAGAAGUUGCUAAUAAGUACUUUAAAUUGAGACCAAUUUUGCUAAUAAUAUUUGAAAGAGUUUGCUUACCAAGGAAAAAAUAAAAACCAUUUCUCUAUACACUCAUUAUUCAUGUAAGGAAUUUUGAAAAAUUGAGCAUGGUGUCUUAGAGGAUUUUGUGCUUUUGUGUGUGUAAUAUUUGCUUCUAGCUGCUCCUGGCAAUGGUGAAUUGUUACGUACACAUUAAUGUUUUCCCAGCCCAACUAUUGUUCGCAUUUUCCCUAUAUAAGAUCUAUAAUGUAUGUCUUUCAAAGAGAAAUACAGAAAUGUUAAAGCAGGAAAACCUGAAUGUGAUGUGCACAUUUUCAUCCCACAUGGGCAAUGUAUUUGUUUUAAUAAAUGGAAUUUUCAGAUUCA